AUGAUCGUCCAAAAGCCGUGUCAUUCGAGAGACCCAGAGCAUGUCGUUAUCACACCGACAACCUCAUUACAGCUCUAUCUGGAAAUGGACCUUCACCUGAAGGCUCAUGCACAAAAUACAAAGACAUCCACCCCAGAAUCCGACAUAAAUCAAAGAGUCGAUAGGAAACAGAGCGCUAUCGUUAUAUGUGGCUUUGCUGCGAUCGGGAAGUCUACCUUCAAGGCUGCAUGCGAAGAGGGAUACGAGGGCCUUCCGGUGGUAGAUCUCGACUCCAGUCUCUUCCCGAAAGGACCAUCGUGGCCACAUAAUUAUCUCGACGCCAUUAAAGAGAAGCUUAGCGAUAGAUGCAUCCUGAUGAUCUCGACGCACCAGAUCAUUUAUAGUCGGCUUCUUGAGGACGGCGUCGACCUUGUCCUCGUUUACCCCAAAAGGGAACUUAAAGCAGAGUGGCUCGAAAGAAUACAACAGCGCGAGGCGAAAGCAGGAACUGGCAAUUCUGCAAGCAUUUGUGGGGUGGUGAAUAAUUUCUGGGAUGAAUGGAUCAGCCAAUACGACCAGCAAAGCGGAUGCCGAAAGUAUGAGAUAUCAGAGGGGGAGUAUCUUCAAGCAUCUGUCGAUGAUGUUGUACACACUUUCCAUGAGGGGCGCCCAAGCUCGAAGAGGGACGAUAAUAGUCUGGUGGAGGAGCAAACAUAA